AUUUGAAGUCAACGGAGCAGAAGAAGGACAAAGCAGCUUUAAAGCAGUGUUCCUGGUUUACCUCUCAGACUCCAGAAGAUGAAGAAAGAGGAGGAAGAGGAGGAAGAGCGGGACGGAGCAGAGUCUGUAACAUCCAGCUGUCCGUCUAUGAAGAGUGACUGGUCUAAAGAUAAUCCUCCACUCUUCAGUAAUGAACCUGGACCCUCAGACACAAAAGAGAGGAAGAGGAGUGCUGUUUCUGUUGAGGAUCAGUCUGCUUCAUCAGGAGACUCCUCCUGUCCCCAGUGUGCAGAAGGAUCCAGAACCAGACCUGGACUGCAGACAGACAGUCAGACCAGCACUGUACAAACAGAAAGUGGUCUGCAGGAGGUUUUAGAUGAACAUCACAUCAGUCUGAGCAGCACAUGUGAAUGUGUGACUCAAGGAACUGAUGAAGCAGGAACUAAAACCUUCCUCAUCAGCAUCUUCACUGAGGUCCACAUCACAGAGGGACAGAGUGAAGAGGUUAAUACCCAACAUGAGGUGAGGCAGCUUGAAACAGCUUCCAAGAUGAAGAACCUCCAUGACGCUCCAAUCAAGUGUCAGGACAUCUUUAAAGUCUUACCUGACCAACAGAAACACAUCAGAGUGGUUCUGAUGAACGGCGUCGCUGGCGUUGGAAAAACCUUCUCAGUGCUGAAGUUCACUCUGGACUGGGCACAGCGCUCCAACAACCAAGAUAUCAGUCUGCUGAUUCUGUUCUCGUUCAGGUCGCUGAACUUGAUCAAAGAUGAGCAGUACAGUCUGCUCAUGCUGAUCCAUGUUUUCUAUCCAACAUUACAGAAGCUCACAGCAGAGAAGCUCGCUGUCUGUAAAGUUCUGUUCAUCUUUGACGGCCUGGAUGAAAGCAGACUUUCACUGGAUUUCAACAACAGUGAGGUCGUGUCUGAUGUCACACAGAAGUCAUCAGUCAGCGUGCUGUUGACAAACCUCAUCAAGGGGAAGCUGCUUCCCUCGGCUCUCGUCUGGAUAACUUCCCGACCUGCAGCAGCCAAUCAGAUCCCUCCUUCAUGUGUGGACAGGCUAACAGAAGUACGAGGCUUCACUGACACCCAGAAGGAGGAGUACUUCAGGAGGAGAUUCAGUGAUGAAGAGCAGUCCAGCACAAUCAUCUCCCACAUCAAGACAUCCAGGAGCCUCCACAUCAUGUGUUACAUCCCAGUCUUCUGCUGGAUCACUGCUACAGUUCUGGACCACAUGUUGACUCCAGACCAGAGAGGAGAGCUGCCCAAGACCCUGACUGACAUGUACUCACACUUCCUGCUGGUUCAGACAAAGAGGAAGAAGAACAAGUAUGAUGAGGGACAUGAGACGAGUCCACAGGAGCUGACGGAGGCUGACAGGAACCUUCUUCUGAAGCUGGGGAGGCUGGCGUUUGAACAACUGGAGAAAGGAAACAUCAUGUUCUACCAAGAAGACCUGGAGCAGUGUGGUCUUGAUGUCACAGAGGCCUCUGUGUUAGCAGGAGUUUGUACAGAGAUCUUCAAAACAGAGAGUGUGAUCUUCCAGAAAACAGUCUACAGCUUUGUUCAUCUGAGCGUUCAGGAGUUUCUGGCUGCAGUCUAUAUGUACCACUGUUACACCAGCAGGAAGACAAAGGUACUGAAGAACUUCCUGGGAGAAGACUACAGUUACUCAUCUCUGGAUGACUUCCUGAAGGGAGCCAUGAGGAAAUCCCUCAGGAGUAAAAAUGGCCACCUGGACCUGUUUGUCCGCUUCCUUCAUGGCCUCUCUCUGGAGUCCAACCAGAGUCUCUUAGGAGACCUGCUGGGUCAGACAGACAACAGUCCAGAAACUAUCCAGAGAGUCAUCAACAACCUGAAGGAGAUGACCAUGUCUAAUAUCUCUCCUGACAGAAGCAUCAACAUCUUCCACUGUCUGAUGGAGAUGAACGACCGCUCAGUACAUCAGGAGAUCCAAGAGUUCCUGAAGUCAGAGAACAGAUCAAAGAAGAAUCUGUCUGAGAUCCACUGCUCAGCUCUGGCCUACAUGCUGCAGAUGUCAGAGGAGGUUCUGGAUGAGUUGGACCUGAAGAAGUACAACACAUCAGAUGAGGGACGACGGAGACUGAUCCCAGCUGUGAGGAACUGCAGAAAGGCUGUACUUACUGCCUUUAAACUCUCAGAGACUCACUGUGAAGUUGUGACCUCAGCUGUGAAGUCCAACCCUCAUCUGACAGAGCUGCACCUGAGACUCAACGAACUGUCUGAUUCAUCAAUGAAGCUGCUGUCUGCUGUACAGGAGAGUCAAAACUGCAAACUGAAGACUCUGAGACUUUGUGACUGUAAACUCUCAGAGACUCACUGUGAAGUUUUGGCCUCAGCUCUGAAGUCCAACCCUCAUCUGACAUAUCUGGACCUGAGUAACAACAAACUGUCUGUUUCAUCAGUGAAGCUUCUGUCUGCUGGACUGGAGAAUCCAAACUGUAGACUGGAGACUCUGAUACUUAUUAACUGUGAACUCUCAGAGACUCACUGUGAAGUUCUGGCCUCAGCUCUGAAGUCCAACCCUCAUCUGACACAUCUGAACCUGAGAGGAAACAAAUUGUCUGGUUCAUCAGUGAAGCAUCUGUCUGCUGGACUGGAGAGUCCAGACUGUGGACUGAAGACUCUGAUACUUUCUUGGUGUAAACUCUCAGAGACUGACUGUGAAGUUUUGGCCUCAGCUCUGAAGUCCAACCUUCAUCUGACACGUCUGGACGUGACUAACAACAAUCUGUCUGAUUCAUCAGUGAAGCUUCUGUCUGUGAUAUUUAGGAUGAUCCAGUCAGCAUCCAAUCAAAGAUCCAGUAUUUCCAGUUUCACUGAUUCUAAAGGUUCAGUUGUCAAACUGACUGGAAACCAGAAGAAGAGAGCUUGUGUGGAGAAAGAGCACAAACCAGAGUCUCCAGUAUCCACCUGUGAGUCCAAACAUCAUCCUCCAGACGUCACUCAUGAAGCUGGAUCCUCAGACUUAAAGGUGGAGGACAGAAAGGACAGCGCUACACCUGCCACACAUAAAGGACCUGAUCCGUCCACAUCCAGCACAAAGGAUCAGCUGGAUCCUGAUGAUCCAGAGAGGCUGAAACAGCAGCAGCAGCUUGAGUGCAGAGAGAAUGUGACUGGGACCAGUUACUGGCAGGACUUCACACCCAAAGUGCUGACUGAGUCUGCAAACAUUUCAUACAGGUUCAGCUGUCCUGGUCCAGGUGUGUUCAGGUGUACUUUGACCGGACUGGUGUUUGGUACGGUUCAGGAGGCGGAGCUACAGUACAGGACUGUCCAAUGGGACGAAAGACUUCUACAACCAGCUGGCAAGACGGCUGCAGGGCCGCUGUUCAACAUCCACAGUCCUGACGGUGCUGUCAGUCAGCUCCGCCUGCCUCACUGUGAAACCAUGGAUGCUCCGCUCCCUGAGGGUCUGCUGUCUGUCGUCCACAUCACUGAUGAUGGAAUGAGCAUCCUGGAGCCGCUGGAGAUUACAGACACUCAUGUGGUUGUGAACGUCCCUCACUUCUCUCUCCUGGGCCUCGUCUGGGACGUUGUUCAGAGGUUUAUUAACAUCAUACGACCAAUCAGCGGCCAGGUUCUGCUGUUCCUCCGACCUCCGGAUCGUGAUGAUCGAAUACUUGACGUAUUACUGUUGCCGAACAACAUUCCUCUGAGUGAGGUUGCCCCCCAACAAGGAACAGCUGAGAACAUUAAGAUCUCCUCCAAAUGUCCUCUCAGCUUUGGUCAAAGCUACAGUGUUCACUGUGAACCUGAAGCCUCCAUAAUCCAGCCUGAGGAUUCAACAUUUGAACCAAACUACGGACCAAAUUUCUUCCCAACAUUUGAGGUUUUCCUCACUGCAAACCAAGAGAAAGUGACUCUGAUGGUCCAAGACCAAGAGAGGACAGAGAUGUGGAAUCGGGUGGUGAAACUGACAGGUCCAACAAGUGAGAAUGUGUUCGUCCCAGCAGAGAAGCUGCUGUUGGCUCGGGAACAGUUUGUUAGCAGAGUGUCUGAAGCUAAUCUAAACCUGCUUCUGGAUAAACUUCUUGGGUUUGGUGUUAUAAAUGAUGGUGAAAUGGAGUCGGCCAGAACAGAAACGCGAGCCAACAAAGCUCGAGAAGUGAUCGACAUGGUGCGAAGAAAGGGAAGUGAAGCCAGCUCCUGUUUUAUUGUUGCCCUCCGUGUGGUGGAUCCAAUCCUUUCCAGACUGCUCAACUUAAGCUGAGUGCGAAGAUGAACCUAUAACAGCUGACUGUUUUACUGACUCAAGUUACCUAUUUUCAUCUUUUUCCAUCCUCCAUCACGGAACACUGAAAGCACAUUUAAAGAUAUUUUAAUAUUCAGUAUGAACAGGAGGAUGAUUACAGAGAGCUUCAUAUGGACACCUGACUGCUGCUUUAAGAUAGACUUGAACUAUUGUGAAACUGUUCUUUACUUUGUGUGUGAUUAUGAAGAUGAUACAACGAAAUGAUUUAGUCCUAGUUUCCUAAUUUUUUUUAUCAAAAUGUAAACUGAAACUUUGUUAAAUGGCUCCAGAGGAGGUGUGUGUGUGUGGUUGUAAACACAGCUUGUCCAGCAUGUUUUUUAUGGUUUGAGGAGCAGUUCAGGUCUUUAAUCAACACGUGUUUCAUUGAUACUAAAUUGAAUAUGAAAGAUGUCACAUAGAGAGAAAUCUCACCAGCUGUGCUUAGCUUUU